AUGGACUUAGAAGUGAAACUGAAAAAAAUCGACCAGCUGCAGCAAAAUGUCAUCAGUAUAAGAAGAAAUUCAUUUGAACUGGAUGAUGCGGAUGCAACUGAAUUAACAGAUCUUGAAGAAGAAUUGGAGCAAUGUGAUGUCCGCCUCGAGGAUUUGGAGGACUAUCUUAACCAGGGCAUAAUAGAAAAGGUAGAUACUUCUGAACUGUGUAAAGAUAAACCAAUUUAUUAUCUGCCUCAUCAAGUAGUGAAAAAGGAAGGUAGGGUCACAACUUCUACACGUAUAGUAUUUGAUGCUACAUCUCAUCAAGCUAACGAGCUCUCUUUGAAUGAUUGUCUGUGGCCAGGGCCCAAUUUAUAUCCAAACCUUCUAGAUGUGUUAAUAAAUUUUAGGCUCAACAAAAUAGCAAUAUCAUCCGACAUUCGACAGGCUUUUCUUCAAAUUUGCUUGGCGGAUAAACAUAAAGAUGCAGUGCGUUUCUUAUGGACACCAAGUGAUCCUCGUACUGAGAAAAGACCAGUUCUAGAAGUUUAUCGUUUUAACCGAGUGAUUUUCGGCGUAAAUGCUAGUCCAUUUCUACUUGCAGCUACAGUGAAACAUCACAUUAAUAAAUAUGAAGAAGAGUAUCCUAUUACUGUAAAACAUCUAGAUUCUUACAUGUAUGUAGAUGACUGGAUUACGGGUCAAGACAAUCGAGAAGAAGCUCUUCUUAUUUCUCGCCAUGCUAAGAAUAUCAUGAAGGAAGCGGGAAUGGAAAUGAGAAAAUGGAUCAGCAAUGAUUCGGCCUUGAUGAAUCAGUGGGUAGCAGAGGGUUUCGAUACUUAUCCCGUUGACACUUCCGUCUGCUUAGGGAGUAACAAGACAAAAGUGCUAGGUAUGGCUUGGCAGACUCAAGACGAUUGCUUCACUCUAGAUACAACAAAUUUACUGGAAUUUAUUGCUGCCAGUAAAAUUACUAAACGAUCCCUCUUGCAAGCCAUUGGAAAAAUAUUUGACCCACUUGGGUUACUUACGCCCUUUACUAUUAGAGUCAAGUGUCUCAUCCAAGAACUUUGGGAAAAGAAAAUCACGUGGGAUGAAAUUUUACCCCCCAAAAUUGUAGAAAGAUGGUUGGAGUGGUGUAGAGAGUUACCACUGUUGGAUGAACUAAAAAUACCAAGAUUAGUUCUUGAUUCUACAAAUGAUGAGAAAAACGACACCAUAGAAAUUCACGUAUUUUGCGACGCAUCAAAACUUGCCUAUGGUGCUUCAGUUUAUGUGAAAUUAAAGAAGCAAGACAAAGUGUAUGUUAACCUCAUCACUUCAAAAACUAGAGUGGCUCCACUGAAAAGUGUUACAUUGCCUCGGCUUGAGCUCCUGGGAGCAUUGGUAGCAUCUCGUCUGAGCUCCAAAGUUCAAGGAAUCAUCGGCUAG